AUGCAACCAAACAAUACUUUAAACUAUGCGCUAAAUAAAGAAAAAAAUCAAAACGGAAUAUAUACUGUUGUUAAAAUACCUAAAACACAAAGUGAACCGAUAGAACUAACUAAUUGCCUAGCGGUGUCUUCCUGCGAUUUCAAAGAUAACACAUAUGUGAUAUGCGAUGAUUUUUAUGUUUUUAGUACCAAGGUAGUUGCAGAGAUAAAACCAGGGCACAUUGGUGCCAGCCUUAUACAAAGAGACUGGGCACAAUGGUCUCUUGGACAAUCUGUAUCAGUAAUACCAUAUGAUCCAUUUACUGAAGAAAUCCUAUAUAUAGGAUCAAUGGAUCUCGAAGUAGGAUUUGUCCCUGGUUUUCGCACAACAGAAGAACAAUUUGAUGGAGAAAUAAUGGGAAAGUGGUUUUCAAAGUGUUUCCAAAAUCAAAUACUUACAUCAGAUCAAAAGUUAAUUUUUGAUUUUAAAUCCUAUAACAUAAAGGCAAUAGUAAAAAAUAUAAAAUGUGUAAAAAUACCUAUUGGUGAAGAAAUCACUCAGAAAAACACAGAAAUUCUAUCCAACUCAUAUACACGAGCUAUCCUCACUCUACACAGUUCUAUUAAUAUAUAUAAAGCAAGAAAUUCUAAUAUAAAAAUCAAAGCAUCAGCAAGAAGACCUAAUGCUAAUUCUAUUAUUCAACCUAAUUUUAAGUUUGAGGACAUGGGAAUUGGAGGAUUAGAUAAUGAAUUUAGUGCUAUUUUUCGUAGAGCAUUUGCAUCUAGAAUAUUUCCAUCAGGGUUAGUUGAUAAGCUGGGUAUUCAACAUGUUAAAGGAAUUUUACUAUAUGGUCCUCCAGGAACAGGAAAAACUCUUAUGGCAAGACAAAUAGGUAAAAUGUUGAAUGCUAGAGAACCAAAAGUCGUAAAUGGUCCAGAAAUUUUAAACAAAUUUGUUGGACAAAGCGAAGAAAAUAUUAGAAAACUCUUCUUGGAUGCUGAAAAAGAAUAUAAAGAAAAAGGCGAAGAAUCAGGUCUUCAUAUAAUAAUUUUUGAUGAACUAGAUGCUAUAUGUAAACAAAGAGGAAGCAGGAAUGACUCUACUGGCGUAGGAGACUCUAUUGUAAACCAAUUAUUAGCAAAGAUGGAUGGUGUAGAUGUGCUUAACAAUAUCUUAAUAAUUGGAAUGACUAAUCGACUUGACAUGAUAGACGAAGCGCUUCUAAGACCAGGGCGUUUAGAAGUUCACAUGGAAAUUUCAUUGCCAAACGAGUAUGGAAGAAGGCAAAUUCUCAAGAUACAUACGUCAAAAAUGAAAAAAAACGAAGUUAUAGAUUCUGAUAUAAACUUAGAUGAAUUAGCAGCAUUAACUAAAAAUUUUUCAGGUGCUGAAAUAUGUGGCUUAAUAAAAAGUGCAAGUAGUUUCGCAUUUAACAGACAUGUUAAAGUUGGAACUGUUGCAGGUGUCUCAGAAGAUGUAGAAAAUUUAAAAGUAAAUAGGACAGAUUUUAUAAAUGCUUUAAAAGAAGUAAAGCCUGCAUUUGGUGUUAACGAAGAAGAUUUAGAACAAUCUAUCCGAAACGGAAUAAUUAAAUUCUCGCCAUAUAUAGAAAAUAUUCUAAAUGAAGGCAAACUUUUCGUUGAACAAGUACGUAAAAGUGAAAGAACACCAUUAAUUAGCAUUUUAUUGCAUGGAUCGCCGGGUUCUGGAAAAACAGCUUUAGCUGCAACAAUUGCACUUGCAUCAGAAUUUCCAUUUAUAAAGUUAAUUUCUCCAGAAUCCAUGAUUGGAUUUUCUGAAAGUGCCAAAGUAUUAGCACUUAGUAAAAUAUUUAAUGACAGUUAUAAAAGCCCGUUAAGCGUAAUCGUUGUUGAUAAUAUUGAGCGUCUUUUAGACUGGGUACCUAUUGGGCCACGUUUUUCCAAUACAGUACUUCAAACACUUAUGGUAUUAUUUCGAAAACAACCACCAAAGAAUAGAAGACUUCUUAUCAUUGCAACAUCAUCAGAAAAAACAGUUUUAUCACAAAUGGAUCUUCUUUCUUCAUUUGAUGCAGAUUUGCCUAUUCCAAAUGUCAUGUAUUUACGUGAGUUAUAUACUGUUUUAAAACAUUUAGAAUUUCUCUCUGAUACAGAACGCCAUUCAAGUUUAAAAUCUAUUAGUGAGAUUCAUCACUCAGAAGAAAUUAGCAUAGGGAUUGCUAGACUUAUAUCAAUAGUUGAAACUGCAAGACAAGACGAAGAUUAUAAAGAAAAAUUUCUAGAACUAAUAAUCAAAGCCAUUUCAUCAAAUCCAUAA